CAUCCACUGGGCAAAAUACAAUGCACAAUGACAGCCGCCGUGCAAAAGUGUCAUCAAAAGCUAAUGAUUUUCAUGACAGUGAUAAAACCGAGGGUGUGUGAAAAAGGCAAACGGCAUCAGAUCAGCGAUACUAUUAUUACAGUGGAUUGAAAAUCAACGUAUGAAUCGCAUCACAAAGUGCAAGCAAACUCGAUGUGAUAAAGAACGGAACGGCAUUCUCCAUCCUGUAUAGCCGCGUACGGUUCGCGUCUGCGUCACACAUUUUCUGUGCGUGUGUAGUUCGGCUGUGCUGCUGGGUGACAGGUAUUGCACCGAUAGUUUGUAGGCUCUCGACUGUACCCCAUCGCGAGGUGUUAAGCGAAGAAAGUGAUAAUUUCCGAUAAAACAAAGUACAGUUACCAUAUUGUGUGCCCGAAUCCUUUAGCAAAUAAUUUAAGCGCAACUCGAGUUUCUAUGAUGUGGACAUGAGUACUGCAGCGUUUACGUAGUGGAAAAGUGUGUGAACAGUGAAAAUGGAACAUCAGGUGAAUGUUUAAUGAUGUAGCGCCAUCCAGGGAAAUUGGAAAGAAUGGUACAAAGAUGAAAGCAUGCAAGUAGCAAACCGAGGCUCAACCCUUGCAAGUUCCGUGAAGUGGCGAAAACAGUUCAAACCGAAAGCAAAUUUCCGAAGGGCUGGUAUCUUUUUCGGGCCUCCGCAGGCAGCGCCGAGUGUGUGGAAAAAUCAAUACUAAUAUAAAAAUUAACAAUGGCGGCAGGGAUCCAUGCUAGUGCGACCGUAUGAGAGCAAACGGGACAGAGCGAACGGACCACCACGAAUGUGGAAACGAGACACGGGAAAAGGUGAGCGAAUGAGUAGCGUUCGUUUGCGGUACCGGCAAUGGCAGUGAAGAAGGGAAUGUAUAAAAUGCACCCCAAUUAUUAUCAUCCCUCAAAGACGAACACCAUCGCAACGAACAUGCGAUAAAGGUGAACACAUCGCAUCGUAGCGCACAAAAGAUACUCUCGAGGCAAGAAAAACUGCGUACGAGCGAGAGGAAACAAAAUUUUCGUUCCUCGAUUUUGCGAACGAGAGAAAAAGAGAAAAGCAGCAGCAUAAGAGCAUAAGCGGGUGCAAUCAUCGAUACAACACACCACUACACAAAGUGUGCAAGAGAGUGUGUGAGAGCGCAGCAUAAAGCAUAGCGAAAAACGCUCCUUCUGGUCGUCCUUGUAGCAAAAGUACCAACGGGAUAGGAUAAAAAAAUAACAAAAGGCCUUCGCCAGGAGCAGCAGCGCAAGGAGAGUGUGUAGCCGUGUGCCGUUCGGAAAAAAAGAUUGAUGGUGCAAAAAUAUCUUUUCGCCAGCACAACGGCAACUGCAGCAACAAUCAGCAGAUUAUUCCCGUUGCCAAAUCGUUUCCCGAAGCACUCCAACCGAGCGCCAUUGCCGAGCGGCGGUCCUGCCUACUGCUGCUGGUAGGUGGGGUGGUGUGUGCGCUGGUGGGUCGAUAGGGCGAAAACGUAUCCGUGUGUGCACGGUGCUCCAAAAAAUAAAACUCACUCACCCCCGAAAAUGCACAGCAUGAUCCAGAAACACAGAAAAGGAUCGCGACGUAAACUUAUCAGCGGCUGCAACCAUCACACCGUCGGAUGUGUCCGGAAAUCGCUCAACGGCUUACUUGAUUGUGAUUAUUUCAACAUUCCUGCUACCAUUGCUGCUUCUGCUGCUACCGAUGCAAACACACACCCUGCUACUAGUGGCAGUAGUACACCCAGCACCACGAUAUCCUCCAUCCCCGCACGACAGCGGCGAAGAAGACGACGAAGGCCGGCCACCAACAACACCGUCUACGAUGAGAUCGAAAUACGUCACCACAGCCGAAGAAGGGCCGGGGAAGCAGCACGGGAAGAAGAUGGCUGCUGGAAUGGUAUCUUUCCCACCACCCACACCACCACCCCCCUUAUACCGGCGGUACCGGAACGAUAUCAUCAGUCAACACUAGUGUCUGUGCCCUCGCACCACAGAAGCAGAACGAAACUACUGUAUAGAAGUAUUGUGCAAAUAUGUUUGGCCUUGUUCUUGAUCUUAGGAUGCUGUGAUGCAGCUAAACAGGAAGUUUUACAAAGUGGAACGGGGUGUGCAUUUCCCAAGCGAUGGGAAGGUCAAUGGUUUCAAUCCGGUGUACAACAGCCAAUUACAAUAGAAGGAUCCACAUUAAGUACUAGGGGCCGGUGCAUUGCUAGUGAAGGCGAUAAAUUUUUAUUAGUUAAUGGCAAAGGAUGUCACCGGUGCGUUGUAAUUUAUCAGAAGCACAUAAACAUACUCCAGUAUAAAGAAAGUGAGUGUGAAGAUUUUUAUACAGGCCAGUUGAAUCCAGCUGCAAUGCCUAUUCAUAGCGUUUUAAAAAGUGAUCGGGGCUUAGCUCAUCCCAACAUGAACGGGCAUUCAAGAAUAUCGUCAUCGGAUCCAUAUAUGCGAUCCAAUGAAGAUAGCGACAAUUGCAUGGGAUGUAAGGGUCGCGAAACAUUGCAUUACCUUUGCGAACAAAUCCCGGGUGAUGCUCUAUUGUACAGUAUGUUUAAAAUAAAUCCAGAGCCAAUUAAAUGUCCACUGUCAGGAUCUUAUACUUUCACCUAUAACCGAGGACAUGGUGAAUGUAGGAGCCCAGUCUCGAAUAUGGAAAUGUGUACAGAAGACAGUAGACUACUGCUAAGUUUUCAGGCAUGCCCUGAUGUACCUGGGACCGAAAGCACGGUUGAAGAACUAACAUGCUUAGCAUGGUGGAAAGAUGGCAAUUCACGCUAUUUGGUGGGACUGGUUUCACAUCAUCAUGCAACGUCGAACGAAGAACGAUUUAGAUGCUUCGUGUACGAAAAGUUGAGCGGUUCGGAUGCAGAGUACAAACUGGCACAGUCUGGUGAUGCUACAUGUAACGGACUGGAAAGUGCCGAGGUUGGCUCUCGAAUCAUGACACUCAAGAAAGCUCCCCUAAUGGAUCGUUGCGACUUUCCCGUCUGGUUCAAAGGUCCUCGUUUCUGGCAUGCAUUGAUGGGCAGUGCACAUUACGUAUUCGACGCUAGCGAUGGGUCGUUGCACAUCAAGAAACCGAAUGGCCACACGGUAGCUCGUUCUCUUUGUGAACAAAUCAACAAGCAAACUUCCUCGGAAAUGAUGGUCGUAGUGCAUCACACAAUGGGAUGCAAAUCCGGAUUUAUGUGUGUAAUGUUCUAUAGAAGAGAUACGCACGUAGCCGAGCUACAAAUGGGAACACCGACGGCAAGGUUGGAAGAUGCAUGUACGACUGAAAACUUUGACGUGCAUCGAACACCGUUCGUUACUUUGCUUGCAAACAACUCUGAAACGCAGCUCUGUCCAUUAGAGGGUCAAUAUAUGAUGAAAGGUUUCCUAAUGCCAACGUCGUCUAUUUCACGGCACAAACGCAACCACAACAACAAAGCUCGUUCACAUCGACACUGGGAUGUGGUCGGAUACCGCAACCAGGAGAGCGCCAUUAGCGGUAGUAGCAGCACCGGUGCGGCCGGUGGUAUUGUGGGAGGUUAUAUAGGAUUGGAAGCGAAGCGAAGAUCCUUUCUACCACGAUCGCGACGUACACCGACCGAAUCGAGAAAUGAUACGUACUCCGCGUUUCAUGUCGAUGGUGAAGCUGGUGCUAUGGCAAGAUUACGUCGGGAAACGGCUGGCGGGUGCAACAUUAAUCACAAUACCAACCGGCAACUGUUAGUUGGAUGUAACGAGAAUAGCAUAAUUGAAGUCAAACCAAAAUGUAAAACCGAUGAUGAGGAAUUAUUCACGUGUCACGGUCACUGGCAGGAAAACCAAACGACGUACAUUAUUGCAAAGCACUCAUUCUCCCAGCAUGGUGUAUGUAUCAGUUAUGUGCCAAUGGAAGGCAAUCACGUACAACUGUUCGUCGGGGACACCUGUCACCGUGCCAACAUGCAGUCGGGCCAGCACAGAUCAAUGCCAGCCAACAUUACCAGUUACGGUAAAUGUGGUGAGGUGAACAGUUCGUUAAAGCUUCACCCGCAUCACAUUUCGCUUUAUUCCUUCGUCUUAUCGGUGCUGCUAAUGGGAGGUGUUCUGAGAUGAUCAGUUGCAGCCGAAACUGAGGAUUAAAUGUAUUGAAAUCAUGUACUUCUUUCGGUGCAUUGUAAGUGAUCGUAUUUGUUUGUGUACGUGUUGAUGUGUGCGUACCGAAGAACAGUAGAUUGCAUGUUAGUCAACUACGACCGAAUCUAGAAGCAAGGAGAGGAGAGCUAGGUUGUUUGCGAAUGAUAAACGACCAGAAGCAAAAAGACUCGUCUGUUUGAUACCGUGUAAAACAUUGGGAAUGGGAUGGGUUCAUGGCAUUGAUGAAAGAGCGCAGUGUAACGGCAAGGGAAUCGGUACAUCGACAAAAUGUACAAAGCGAGACGAGUGAAGCUAAAUUGUUUUUAUAUUAUUAUUUAUUAAAUUAUGUUCUACGUUGCACUUUUUUUAAAUCUCUACUUGUUGUGAUACGAUAAAAAAGUAACAAAACCCGACCACCCCAUAUGCCUGGGCGGUAAAGCACACAGGACAGGAAUGAUAGUUAUAGGAAGAAAAAAAUGUGUUAUAACUUUACUUGCCAGCCUCGUCUUGAACACUCCAAUGCAAGAAGAGGAUCGAAGGUGUUCGCUUAAGUGAUCGAAUAUUCGACACUGCAUUUAUUCGCUUGGAAAGGCAAAACAAAACAAAAAAAAUCAAUCCUUCGAGCGUUAUACAGCUACACUACGCGACUUUUGUUUUUCCCUCCAAUUAUUUAUGGCAUUAUGCACGUGAUUGUAAAGCUUUGUAAAACUGGCAUAUGUAUGAUGAUAUUUGUGCCCGGGGGUUCUUGCUGUGCAGGGAAGGUGGCAACAAUGGCUAAUCUUUUCAACCAAUUGGAAAGAAUGGCAUUGCUGUACGGAUUUGGGGCAGUGAUGUGAAUACGGCAGCGUACAUCCACAACCUGUUUCUCCUCCAUACGCUUGCCACAGAGACGGGAUGGAGAUGCGUUAAACCAUGUGGGUGAAACCGAUAAAAGGCUAAAAUAAAUUAAAACAAACAAAAAAAAAACCUACUGCACA